GGAGAUUCUUUCGAGGCUCAUUGCUUUCUUCUCUCUCUUCCUCUUUAAAAACGCUGAAGCCAAACUCAAACCACGGAGGCAGAGAAAAGUUUUCAUCAUCGAGGAAAGUUGCUCUACAAUGGAGAUCUUGAGGUUUCAGUUUAUAGCAAUGGCUGUUUCUGCAAUUGUUUUAACAUGGGGGGGCUUGCCUUCCAUCCAUGCCCAGAGCCUGGCACCAGCCCCUGCUCCUUCGAGUGACGGGGUAGCAAUUGACCAAGGAAUUGCAUACGUGCUGAUGGUGCUUGCUCUGCUACUUACCUAUAUGAUUCAUUGAAAUCUGAGUCUCAAUGCUUGGGAUUGCUUUUUAUUUUUCUUCCAUGUUUGUAUAAGUAUAACCACUCAUGUAGACCCCCUAUUCUUUCCAUUUUCAUAUUCUUUUUCUCCCAUCCUUUUCUGGAAUGCAUCGUCUUUCCCUCUC